GAAGGACGGCGUGACGCAAGCGCUUCUCAGGUCCAACCAGGAGCCCGUGCAGGCACGCCAGGAAAGUGAGGAUGACAGGACGGCCAAGAAGCGGUCGAACGCGCAAAAGAAGGUGCAAGGGCAAGCCCCGCUCUCCAAGAUGCCCGCCUUCAACAGCGGAGGCGUGACUUGGGUAGGCAUCCCUGUAAGCUCGGCCAGCUGGCUUGAACGAGACGGACAGGGGCAGCAGCAGAACAUGCCAAACAUGCCUUAUGGUUGGCUGAACACUGAGCUAGACAUGCACGGCACCGGCCCGUGCUAA